UAUUUUUGAAAUUCUCUGUGAUGUCCCUUUUAUGGAGAAUUACAGAAAUUAUUCAAAGGCCCAUUUUUGUCUUUCUACCUUUAUUUUGGUUAUUGACAGCCGGUCAACAUAUUGUCACUGCCGCAGCUUUAGCAACAAUUGCAAGACUUUAUUGUAUGAGUUGUGUUAAAGUGGAAAGUGAUACAACAGUAUUAGACCAAUUUCGGGUACGUCAAGGUUUGCCUUUGCCUGUAUGUGAAAUGGAACCUUUAGAAUGCGAACCUCAUCAAGAUACGUGUGUUACAAUUUCAAUGCAAAUUGCGUAUAGGAAAUAUUGGGUUGGAAGUGGUUGUGACCAGAGAGUUAAUUAUGACUUCCCCAUAGAAGGAAGAGAUGGAUGUAUUGAAAAGCCUGAAAUUUAUAGAAAUUUUCUUCCCGGUUCUAUGGAAGUAAGGAAAAGUUUGCAAAGAUUGUGCCUCUGCUCAACCAAUCUUUGUAAUGGUGGCAAUAAUCGCUUUUUACGGUGCUCAUUUUUAACUAUUUUAAUUUUUAUUUUCUAUAUUUUAAUUAUUGAAAGAAUAUUUUUAUAA